UCGGUUGGACCAACAAAUAAAAAUGAUAAUCGCAGUCAAUUGUGGUCAACAAAAGUAUCAACAAAACAACUUAUGAGUCCAUCAGCACCGGUAACAUGUCUGCGAACGGUUCGUUUGGAUGCCAGUGCCGAAUAUAUUCAACAGCUCUACAACUACUGUAAUACAUGGGUUGUCAAAAUAGAUGUUAUGUUAGAUUUGAAAGGAAAGGUUUCGCAAGGAACCGGUUUUCUAGUAGACGGCGAGCGGGGACUGUUGGUCACCAACUAUCAUGUUGUAGCCGACAGACAGAAUGUGAUGAUUCAGUUUGCAAACAGGUUUUACGAAUCAAAUGUUAUUCAAGGAAAACAAUUAUCGACUGAUUUAUUUUUCAUACUAACCGGUCGAGUCGUUUAUGUUGAACCGCAACACGAUUUAGCACUUAUACGUAUGAAUCAAUAUGUGGCCAACUCGUUGUAUUAUUUAGUACUGUCCGAUAGCGAUGCCCAACCAGGAGAUGAAUGCAUAUCAAUAGGUUAUUCCGAUAUUUAUAGCACAUUAAACAAUGGAUUUAUCUGUUCAAUGGCCUGUAUUAAUGAACUAAGUUUAGGAUCACUAACAAAUUUUUCAGAAAAAUGUUACGAUUCUUGUCAUACGUUAACCAUUCAUACGUGCACUGGUAAUCCCGGUUCAUCGGGUUGUCCCAUAAUAAAUAUGAAUGGCCAGGUUAUUGGUAUACAUUUUGGUGCCAAAAACAGUAAGAUCAACAGUGCCACAAAAGCAACUGAUAUUUUUGCAUUCAUUCAAAGAGGACGACAAUAUAUGGACAACGAAUUCAUAGAAAUACAAAAUGAUAGACAAAAACGGUUUAAAAGAUCAUUCAGUUUAGGUGUCAUUUUGACGGAAUUUAUAGUUAAAGGUUUUACAUAUAAUGCCACACAAGCCAGAAAUUUAUUACAAGUGAAUGACAUUAUAAUAUCAGUAAACGGAAUACAAUUAACAAAUUUGAAUCAAUUGACGGUUGCUUUGAAUAACAUUACAAGUGAUCAACAGGUCAUACAUCUAACAGUGCGAAGAGAGACUAGACUGGAGGCAUCGGUAGUAUGUUUGCGAACUGUUUGUAUGGAUGCCAGUGUCGAACAUAUUGAACAAAUCUACAAUAACUGUAAGCAAUUGGUUGUUAAACUAACUGUACCUAAAUAUACUGGAAUCGGUGUAUUGGAAGGAACCGGUGUUGUUAUAGACAGCGAUCGGGGACUGGUUUUAACCAAUUAUCAUGUAGUGGAAGACAUUGACGAUGCGAUCGUUCAGUUUUAUUAUAACUUUAACGAACAACUAGUAAUUGAGGGGAAAAAGUUGUCUAAUAAUAAUUUUGUCAAUACAAUAGCCGGUCGAGUGGUUUAUAUUGAACCCCAAUACGAUUUGGCACUUAUACGUAUGAGUCAAUAUGUGGCCAACUCGUUGUCAAGUUUAGUAAUGUCCGAUAGAGAUGCCCAACCAGGCGAUGAAUGUAUAUUAAUAGGUUAUCCCGAUAUUGAUAUAUAG